CACUUUGACUCUGGAUGAGAGAAUGUCAGCAGAACGUGCCGAGAAGCAGCUACAACAUUACACAGAGUUCAGUAAGGAGCUGCAGCAGCAGAAGAAGAAGAAGAAGAACACCUUCUAUCCACAGAAAAUGGAGACAAUGUACUUGAGGAAUAUGGUAGAGACUUUAUGGGAUAAAAUAGCUCAUAAAAAUGUUAUUAUCCACAAACAGGCCAAAAUAAUUCAGCACCUCAACGCUACAUUAACGAAGGACGGCUGCAACAACCAGCUAAAGGACGCAACGUUUAAAAAAGAUAACCUUCUGCUCGGGAUCUCGAAUGGAGAACAAAAUAUCAAGAUCUCAGAAAGGAAGGAUGUGCAAGAACUGCAAAAAGUUAAAUUGCAGCAUCGCACUGUAAAGAGUCUUCACACUGAGAGUCAUCCAGUUUACUCCGACCAGGAAGAAGUCUUUCACAAAGAGAUCCAUGACCACAAAGAGCGGAUUCAGUGCCUCAGCACUCUGGUUAGAGAUAUACAGGUUGGCAACACCCUAAAGAAGCUGAGGGCCUCUGAGAGGAAGUACAACCUGAGAGUCCAGGAGGAGGAACCUAGGUUUAAUGAAAACUGGUCAAACCUUGAAAAAAGGAUCUCCAAGCAUAAACAAAAGAUCUCAGAGUACGAACAAAAGAUCUACGAGUUUGAGAUAAAGAUCUCAAAGUACCAAGUCCAGGGCUCUGAGACUGAUGAGUGUAAACGAUGUUCAGACUCUGAAAUCUCCAAGGAUGAGCAGUUGAAAGAUUCAAACAACAAACUUGAACAACUUAAUCUGCAGCAGCAAAGACUCACAGUCAGACCAGAGCACAAGACACAGCUCUUAGACUCUGAACCCGAGGUCUCAGACCCUGAAGAGCAGGACUCACAUCCUGAACCAGAGGUCUUAGAUUCUGAACCCGAGGUCUUAGAUUCUGAACCCGAGGUCUCAGACUCUGAAGAGCAGGACUCACAUCCUGAACCAGAGGUCUUCAUCCAUCAACACGAGGUCUCAGACUCUGAACCCGAGGUCUUAGAUUCUGAACCCGAGGUCUCAGACCCUGAAGAGCAGGACUCACAUCCUGAACCAGAGGUCUUCAUCCAUCAACACGAGGUCUCAGACUCUGAACCCGAGGUCUUAGAUUCUGAACCCGAGGUCUCAGACCCUGAAGAGCAGGACUCACAUCCUGAACCAGAGGUCUUCAUCCAUCAACACGAGGUCUCAGACUCUGAAGAGCAGGACUCACAUCCUGAACCAGAGGUCUUCGUCCAUCAACACGAGGUCUCAGACCCUAAACCUGAGGUCUCACACCAUGAAGAGGAGCUCUCACACUCUGAAGUGGAUGUCUCCGACUUUGAAAUAGAGUUUUCCGGCUUUGACUCUAACACCUCUGAAGUGGAUGUCUCGGACUUUGAAACACAGGUCUCAGACCAGCUCUCGGAACAAUGAGGAGGGGGCUGGUUUAAAGCUCAGUGCUACAAGUGAAGAGGAUAAAAAACCCACUGGUGACGGCCUCCAGUCUGAAUCUUCAGGAGAGACCAAAAAGAAAUUUGUUCACAACCUCAAACCAUGAAAUGGAAUGAAAAGAAGCAGAACUUGUAAAAAUGUCUCUGUGUUAAGCCCCGCCCUGUUUCUGACUGUGUGCUGCCUCUGCUGAUCACGCACGAUUCAAUAAAAAUCUGUUUUUCAAUAUCAAUGAAAAAUGUAGUAACAGUCAGUAUUGAUCUGAUAUCAACUUCUGACUAUGUGCUUCUAUUUAUAGUCACAGGUUUGUUAACUAGGUUAUUUCCAGGUUCUUGAAAAUAUCAAACUAAAUUUCGGACGGUGGAGCGAGAGAUGAGACAAAACAUCAAACACCAUCUUAUCUUUUGUCAAACUAUAGUUUAACUUAA